GCCGCCAUGGCCGCGGUGCCCGUGCGGGGCCGGCGUGCGGCGCUCGGGCCGGGGGCAGCCGGGGAGCCGGAAUGUAAGCGGCGGUGCAGGCUGCUGGACACCGUCCCAGGGCAGGCUGCUGCCCAGCUCGGGGACUGUGCCAUGGACCUGGAGCCCAGGCAGAAACUCCUCCCUGACUCUGCUCCCUGGGCUGCAAAGGCGAAGCAGAAUUCCGUGGUUUUGGAAAACCAUGGGAGCAAAGGCAUUUCCCAGCCCUGCCCAAGAUGUGUGGCUGGAGAAUCUGGCCACUUCAGUCACAUCCUGGGCUCCUAGAACAGGAGAGGAGCAGCUCUGGUUUCUGCUGGGAUCCCCAGGGUGCAGCUGCUGCUGGGUCCCGCCUGCCUCAG